UGUUGUAUCAUGAUUAUCCAUUCAGAGACAAAAGGUAGGAUUUGAUGGUUUUUCUGUUUUCUUAGAUACUUUAAUUGAAAUACAUAGAACCAUGCUUGAGAAGGCUUGCAGUCUUGAAACUCUUUUGCGACUUUCAUGGCAAUUUCAAACGUCUCGGACAGUUUUUCGCAGAUCAUCCUACAGAAUUUAAGCAUCCGCUCAACAUGAUUUUUUAAUACUCCCGUUAGUUUCUCCAAACACUGGUUCUCCGAAUCUUUAGAAUGCUUCCAACGGAGAUCCUGUUGACAAAGUCUCCGUUUAGCACGGAGCAAAAUAAUUUUUCGUCGACUAAGGUGUUCGUUUUCUUCAUCAAAAUAAUGAAAUGCAUCCUUUGCAAAGUUUUCUGGUUCCUCCAUAUUGCUUUCUGGGUGCAUUCUAGCAACCCUCCCAAAGGUAGCACAUUCAUCAUCCAAGUUUUCCAUGUAGGACUCCCAUUCUUGUAUAGAGUCCACCAGAAUGUUUGGCAUUGACUUUACCAUGGUGGUUGAAUAGGAAUUGCAGAAGAACGAUUCUUGAGACGCGACGAUUGUGGAUUACCAACGCGUACCUCUCAUAUAACACACAAAGAAAAAAUUCCCUAUAUGCAGCAUUGUGUAGAUGAAAAAUCUAUGCAAAAUGAACAAAUACUUGAAUGUAUAAUAAAAAAAAGAAAUAAUGAAUUGGUGAUUAAAUGAGAAUUCUGCCGUUGCUACUUCUUCAGUACGUACUACUCGCUCAACUAGAAAGCACACUCAUGUAUUGAAAGAAGAGUAAAACUUGUAAACUUGAUCUUUAUUAUAUUCCAUUGUUCUUUGAAACAAUAAGGCUAUGAAAUAUUUCUUAAUGGUAGAUUAUUAUCAUAUACGACUCUUAAAGGUUCAGCCUGUAUAUGCAAAAGGAUCGAAAACGGGAACUAUUAAGGCGGUCUUCACUCUAACUACAGACCUUGGAGAAUAUUUUUAUCCACAACAUUGUCGACUGCAGGCCGUGGUUGUAGAUGUCUCCAAAGGCAAACCUACUCCUUUAAUAAGUGAAUGUAUCAUCUGGAAGGGCUACGAAGUUGCAUCGACUAUUUCCCUUACAAUUCCAGCUACCUCAAACAAACUUCAGUUAAUCAUUCUUCCGCAGACGAUUACUCCUAAUGUUUCUUCACAUGAAUCUCAUAGAAUACUGCCUGUUUGGAGUGACUCCUUCUCAUUACAUAUAAAUGAAGGACCGAAGUAUGUUUGGCGAUAUUUAGAGCAUAACCAGUGGGAGCCAUUGGGUUUAUGCUUUAUGGAACAAAUGGGAGAGAGCAUCGCAAAACACAUAUGGGACGCAGGGAUUGUUUUAUCUGAAAAGAUGAUUGGACAAGAACCAGAAUGGACCUUUCCAAAAAACAAAAAUUUACAGGUGUUGGAACUUGGAGCUGGAUGUGGAAUUCUAGGCAUCUCUGUAGCAUCAAAGUAUCCAAAUGCAUCUAUCUGUAUGACUGACUUGGAAGAAGCCCUCGGUGUCUUAGAACCAAACAUUGCUAAAAAUAAACAUCUCCUACACAAUAAUAUAUCUACUGAUGUGUUUCUAUGGUCAUCCCAGAUAACUCCUAGCCUUCAAAAAAAAUGGGAUUAUAUUCUCAUGUCCGACGUUAUGUACAACGAGUCUAGUUUUUCGGCAUUGGAAACGGCUCUGAAAUGUUUGAUGUGCAAGCAAACCAAACUAUUUAUUUCCUACAAAAAACGCCAUGAAAAUGAGAAAGCCUUCAUGGACCAUCUUCUACAGUGGUGUUCGCUGGAGCACGAAACUGUACUCGGCUCUAUCAUUCUGUAUUCCUUAGUUAAAAAAUAACAGUUAUCUACUAAAGUGAUGUUUGGGAGCCUCCAUCGCAUUUUAGAACGCUCAAGCAGAUAGAAGGGUACAAAGUACCACUGAGCUUAACCUUUAUAAACAGGGAUUGCACGAAUUUGACGGCAUCUUAAACAAUUUUGGAUACCAACUUAGUGAUUACACAUAUUAUUUUUACUUUCUAGAGUCGUUUGUACCAUCUUACUUAGAUUUUGCCAGAUACUAAAUAGAAUGAGAUUUGUUUCUCUCCUUUUUCC